AGUAUACUCGCGCGUGGAUUCUGCGUAUGUGGUUGUUGUUGAAGUGUCGUAGCUAUCGACUUGCGAAGAUAGCUUUGCGAUCAACAACCCACCAGAAGACCAUCUUUAAGAGCACUGAAAUGGGAUUUCGUGUUUAAGUCCUUACACUUUUUCACUUCGUGCUUAUUGGAUUUUGUUUCCUGUACUAUAGUCCGUUUGAAUAUUUAAAAAAAAGACAACUGCAGUAGUAAUGGGCUCUUCCAAGAAGCACAAGGAAAAGGGACGAGAAAGGGAUGCCGAGGAUAGGCACCGGGAACACAAAAAGCACCGCCACAAAGACCGGGAGAGGGAGAAGGAGCGGGAGGGGAACCGUGAUCGCGAAAAAAGAAAACGCUCCCGGUCCAGGGAACGGCCCAGCCGGGGAACGGAGAAAGACAAGGAAAAGGAGAGCCGCAGUAAGGGGGAAAGAAGUGGCGUCGAGCCGCGACUGAAGAAGGAGAGGAGUGACCCUGGAAACGAUGACAGUGCAUUCAUUGGGAGUAAAUCUGCAGCAGGAGACGCAUCACUCAGCAUCGAGGAGACUAAUAAGCUGAGGGCCAAGUUGGGUCUGAAACCGCUGGACCUCAAUGAAUCCAAGAAAGAGGUGGGCACUAAGGAGGAUCCCAUGGUGGCCGAGGUGAUCAACCCUGCCCAGAUCAAGCAGCAGAGCGAGAUUAGGGAGAAGCUGGCAGCUGUGAAGGAGAAGCGGCUUCUCAACCAGAAGCUGGGUAAAGUGAAGACGCUCGCUGAGGAUGACCCGUGGCUGGAUGACACGGCCGCCUGGGUGGAGAGGAGCCGCACGCUCGCCAAGGAGAAGGAGCUGGCAGAGAAGAGGGCAAAACUGCUGGAGGAAAUGGAUGAGGAGUUUGGGGUGAGCACCUUGGUGGAGCAAGAGUUUAAGGAUAGCAAGAAGGAGUCUUACAGCGCCCACGAUCUGAAGGGUCUCACUGUCCAGCACAAGAUGGAGUCUUUCAAGGAGGGAGAGACACUCAUCCUCACGCUGGAAGACAAAGGUGUUCUGGAGGAGAAGGAAGACGUGCUGGUCAACGUGGGGCUGGUGGACAGGGAGAAAGCGGAGAAGAACGUGGAGCUUAAGAAGAAGAAGCCUGAAUAUAAACCCUACGAGGAGGAGGAGAGCGUGGACGACAUGGUCACGUUCAAGUCCCACUCCGUGCUGUCCAAGUACGACGAAGAGAUCGAGGGGGAGAAGAAGAAAGGCUUCCGGCUGAGUGCGGGCGGCCACGCCGACAGUGAGCGCGAGCGGGAGCUGCAGGCCAUCCGGGAGACGCUGCGCAAUCAGGCGCAGUCACUGCAGCUGCCCGCGUUAACCAUUGCCUCGGAGUUCUACACGCCACAGGAGAUGGCCACCUUCAAGAAGACCAAACGGAGGGUGAAGGUCAGGAAAAAGGAAAAGCCACUGAGGACUGAGGAGCUCCUGACGGACGACACGCGCAGCACUGACUUUGGCUCCAGGACGCGCGGGCGGGGGCGCCGGCAGGUGGAGGAAGAGACACUGGAGGCCUCCGAGGAGAAUGUGGACGCUGUGGCGGACGGGCGGAGUGACGUGCUGCAGAAGUCUGACGACACCCGCUUGGAGGACAUGGACAUCAGCGAGGACGAGGAUUUCGGGGCCCCGAGAGGCACAGUCACCCUGGAGGAGGACGAGGCCGAGUUGGAGCUGCAGAAACAGCUGGAGAAGCAGAGGCGGUUGAAGCAGAAUCAGCUCAUGCAGGACUCCGGGGAGAAGGUGGCAGAGCAGGUGAAGCAGCUACAGGGGGCAGCAGAGGGAGAGGAAGAGGACCCAGAGCAGAAGAGCAACAUCGUCUUCAACGCCACCUCGGAGUUCUGCCGCACGCUGGGCGACAUCCCCACCUACGGGCUGUCGGGGAACCGCGAGGACCGCGAGGAGAUCAUGGACUUCGAGCAGGAGGAGGAGAGGGAGGGGGGCGGCGGCUCAGAGUCGGAGAUGGACGAAAACGUGGGCUGGAGCAUGGUGAACCUGGACGAGGAGCAGCAGCAGCCUGAUUUCUCCACAGCUUCCACCACUAUUCUUGAUGAAGAGCCAAUCAUCAACUCGGGCCUGUCUGCUGCUUUGUUGCUAUGCAAGAACAAGGGUCUCUUGGAUACCCAGAUGCAGAAAGUGGCCCGGGUUCGAGCACCAAAACCUGUCCUGCAUAAUGAGAACUACUGCAUUGAGGACAAGAUGAUCAUCGACGAUAAAUACAGCCGGAGAGAGGAGUACAGGGGUUUCACCCAGGAGUUUAAGGAGAAGGAGAGCUACAAGCCCGACGUCAAGAUAGAGUAUGUUGACGAAUCUGGCCGCAAGCUCACGCCCAAGGAGGCUUUCCGCCAGCUCUCUCAUCGUUUCCAUGGCAAGGGCUCUGGCAAGAUGAAGACUGAGAAGAGGAUGAAGAAGCUGGAGGAGGAAGCGCUGCUGAAGAAGAUGAGCAGCAGCGACACCCCGCUGGGCACCGUAGCUCUGUUGCAGGAGAAGCAGAAGUCGCAGAAGACGCCCUACAUCGUGCUGAGCGGCAGCGGGAAGAGCAUGAAUGCAAACACCAUCACCAAAUGAACACGGGGACCAGAGAGAAAUGUGUGCGCAAAACACCCACUUUUAAGUUUUUCUGUUAUUAAUAAAACAACAUUGGAGACACCAUUA